AUCAAACUAUCUUGUGUGGACGUAAAGUAAACUACAACAGCAACAAUGAGUUAUAUUACUUUGGUUCUGUCAGUAUGUCUGUUCGCGGCUAUCGCAGCCAGCAGCCAGCAGGACAAGAGGAGUGUCAUUAGCAUUGAGCCUGCUGCGUGGCCAGGAGUGGCAGCCUGGGUCCAGAGCGGACAUGGAGGAUGGUCAUCAGACACAAGUUCAGAUGUGGCGGGGGCAGUAGCCGCUGCGAAGGCCGCUGCAACAGCUGUUAUGGCUGCACAACAUGAGGUGGCUGCAGCCAAGCAUGCUGCCCUUGAACAGCAAAGUGUAGCCAGCGCUAAGGAAGCUGCGGCUGCUCGCGCAGCUCAUAAGAGUGAGGAGGCAGCAAGGAACGCUCGCGCGCACGCACUAGAAGCCGCGCAGGCCGCAGUACAGGCGCAAGCGCAGUUAGCUGGAGCGAAGGCCCGCGCCGCCGCCGCGCAGAAGAUCGCAGCCGCCCGUGAGGCUGCGGCGGCUAAGGCCAUACAACGUGCUGCGCAUAACCAGGCUGCUAGGCUGCAGAACGCCGACAUAGAAGCAUUAAAGCUGUCAGUGAUCCAGAGCUCCGGCGCUGCUGGUGCCGCGGGGGCUGCUCAACACGCCGCCACAGCUGCAGCGGCGGCUCUUCGCCCCCAGACCCCUGAAUGGCCUGCUAAGCCCUGGGCCCCAUCAGCCUGGGUCCCUGCCGCUUGGGGCUGGGCUUAGAAGCUACAGAUAUAGACACCAGCAAAAGAAGAUUCCUGUUUAGAUUUUUAACAAUACAAUUUGACUACUUAUGUUAAUAGAUUAAGCAAAUGCAGACGCGUUAACGCUUCGUAGCUAGUUUUACACUAGUUGAGAGUUGCUUUAAGAUCUGUACUAACAUAAGCGAAUUAAUAAACGUUUUUGGUUUUUUAA